AUGCAAAACCUAGAAGGCCCAGAAGCAACGGUGAGACACCAGAAUGAAGUCGUCGGAAGGCUUGUCAGUAAUGAGGGAACAAGCUUGCAAGGCAAGACAAUAGAAGAAGUGGAGUUAGAAGAAUUUGAAGCAUUCAGAAGCUUCAGUGCUAUGAGGAAAUUGCAAAAUGAAAGACAACUCAAGAAAGACAAAGAAUGGGAUCGAGUUUUGGUCCACAUAGAUCGAACGGAGGACUCUGACGAAGAAAGAAAGGAGUCAGACCCUCGCGAAAUGUCACAACUAGUAUUUUAA